CAUAAAAAUGGAGAACGGAUCCGACGAUCGUGUGUAUGCAGCGGAGAAGAUAAUGAAAAAGCGCGUCCGAGGGGGCAAAGCUGAGUAUCACGUGAAAUGGAAAGGUUGGAGCCAGCGCCACAAUACCUGGGAACCGGAGGAAAACAUCCUCGACCAGCGUCUGAUCGAGAUGUACGAAAAGUCGAUCCGCGGUUCCUCGACACCGAAGCGCAAACGGAAAGCCGUCAUCGAGGAUUCGGACGACGAUGAGGAGCCGUCCAGUACGAUGGGUGGUGGUGCUGGUCCAUGUGACCCACCUCCACCGAAGAAAGAAGAUCGCAAAGAUGCCUCGAACGCUGGUCGAAAAGAGCAUCAAGGUGGAUCGAAGAAGGAAAAAGAUGGCGGAUCGAGUGCCGUUUCCAGUUCGACCAGUUCCAACGCUAAGGAAGGCUCGAAGCGCAACAGUUCGACCAGCCCGUCGACGAAAGAAAAAUCGUCUACACCGACACCGGCGGUAGUUGUCGGUGCGGAGCGGAAUGGGAACGCUUCACCUACCGUAACCGGUACGGUUCCGACCGGUAGCGUAUCACAGUCGCUGUCCAGUUUGAAGAUCUCGAUAGCGAGCGAUCGUGACGAGCCCGAAAUGAUGGACACCAACUCCAACUCGAGCGAUGAUCAACCGCUCAGCCACAAGGAUGUGAUCGGCACGAACCGUAAGGUAGAAGUGCUGUCCAAGGGUGGGAAGGUUGGUGUGACGAUUAAAACAUCCUCCGGGCCGGGUGACGAAUCGCCCGGCAGUCUGCUGAAGGUGCAACGGCACGAGGUAAGCUCACUGGCCGGCGCGGGCCCGGCAGUGGCCGGAUCUACCGUUACACCGAUCAGCAGCACCACGUACAGCGAUCUGAAAGCGGUCGCACCGCUCUCACCCGAUACACCCGCAUCCCGGCCCGAAUCCAACAUUCCACCGCCGGCCGAAGCUAAUGUGCUCCCCGGAGGAGGAGCGGCAGCAGUUGUCGCGGCGGGUGGAGGAUUGCCGGCCGGACGCGAGGAAGCGAACCCCCCGCUGGAAGGACAGGUCGCCGGGCUGCAGGCACAGCAGCAGCAGCAGCAUCAGGAUGCAGGGAACGCGCGGCUGCACAACGACGCAUUUCCGCUGACCACCAACGGUAACGGCAACACUAACAACAACAACAACACCAUUAACCACAAUAACAAUAAUAGUAUCAACAAACAUGUCAGCACUCUAACUCUUUCGCCGCGGGCGGCCCCACCCCGUCUCUGGCUUCCGAAGGCGCAAGCGACCAACCAGGUGUUUAUCACGGACGUGACGGUUAACCUGGAGACGGUUACCAUACGGGAGUGCAAGACGGAGGAGGGCUUCUUCAAGAUGCGCGACAUGCAGCAACAACAGGAACAACAACAGCAACACCAAUUCCAGCAGCAGCAACAACAUCAACCACGAGUCGGUGAUCUUCUAAGCAAUUAA